AUGUGAAGUGGAUGGGCGAAAAUUGAUCCAAAAGCGGUCUUUCUAAUUAUUUAUAAAAAGGGUGUGGAGAGAGCAGAAGAGAGAGAGGAAUACUCGGUUUCUGAGAGAGGGAGAGAGAGAGGCCCAACAGUACUGUUCAUUUUCUUUUUGCUACCGUAAGCUGGAUCCUUCGCCUUCUUCUUCUUCCUUCUCAGAGCCUUGUCUUUUUGCCUCCCCAAAAAAUUUUCCGUAUUGAUCCUCCAACAACCGAGACUGCGUCAGAUCCCGGCCCUCUUUCCAAAGGCUUCAGAGCCGAGCUCUUAAUAGGAGAGGGGCAGUGUGCUGCGUCCUCUCGUACAUGGUUGCAGAGAGAAAAAGAGAGUGAGGAUUCCCAGUGUGGAAAGACGAGACCGGCGGCCGUUGCGGCGCUCAUUCAGCGGGAGCGAGUGCUCGGCUUCUCUAUUCAAGAGAAGGAGAGGACUUCUCUUGGAAGAAGCUUCGAUGGGUUUGAUGCCAACUUCCCUUCUUCAGUAAUUGCUGGAGGCGACAGACAUACGCCAGGUGGUGGGGAGGUGGAAGAGGCAGGCUCUCGCUGGUUGCUUUGGUUCGCAGAAAUGUGCUGCGAGUAGUACUUGGGGAGAGUUGAUCGCUCGAGAGUUUGGGGGGACAAAGGAGGGAGGUGUCGCCUGUCGGACCAGCGUCCCGGAUCCCUUUUUAUCCUUCUGAUUUUCCGUCCUUCUCAGAAACCAAUCUAGGGGGGAGAGAGAAAGAGAGAGAGAGAGAGAGAGAAAGAGAUGGUGCCCCAGAAGCAGGCUGAGGAGGCCAUAGUGGCAACCUACAACGAGACUGAGGUCAAUGGGAAGGACGAAGGAGAGAGGGAGGAGAGCUCCUCGUUUGGCGUCAAGAGCCUCCUCUGGCAUGGCGGUUCCGUCUAUGAUGCUUGGUUCAGUUGCGCUUCCAACCAGGUUGCUCAGGUGCUUCUGACGCUUCCGUAUUCCUUCUCCCAAAUGGGCAUGCUGUCGGGGAUCCUCCUCCAGUUCUUCUACGGCAUUCUGGGCAGCUGGACGGCCUACCUCAUCAGCGUUCUCUAUGUGGAGUAUCGCACCAGGAAGGAGAAGGAGGGCGUUAGCUUCAAGAACCAUGUCAUCCAGUGGUUCGAAGUUCUUGAUGGAUUGCUCGGGCCUAAGUGGAAAGCAAUAGGUCUGGCGUUCAACUGCACCUUUCUGCUCUUCGGUUCCGUUAUUCAACUCAUCGCAUGUGCUAGUAACAUUUACUACAUCAAUGACCACUUGGACAAGAGAACCUGGACGUACAUCUUCGGCGCCUGUUGUGCUACCACUGUGUUCAUCCCGUCCUUUCACAAUUACCGCAUCUGGUCAUUCUUGGGGCUUGGCAUGACCACCUACACUGCUUGGUAUUUAACUGUUGCUGCUCUCGUUCAUGGCCAGGUUCCAGGCGUUCAGCAUUCAGGCCCAACUAAGCUGGUCUUGUAUUUCACCGGCGCCACCAACAUCCUGUACACUUUCGGUGGUCACGCCGUCACAGUUGAGAUCAUGCACGCAAUGUGGAAGCCUCAGAAAUUCAAGUACAUCUAUCUCAUCGCCACACUGUACGUGUUCACGCUGACGCUGCCAUCGGCUUCCGCCGUCUACUGGGCCUUCGGCGACCAGCUCCUCAAUCGCUCCAACGCCUUCUCCCUCCUCCCCAAAUCCAAAUUUCGUGACGCCGCCGUGAUCCUCAUGCUCAUCCACCAGUUUAUCACCUUCGGAUUUGCAUGCACACCUCUGUACUUCGUAUGGGAGAAGGUGAUCGGGAUGCACGACACCAAGAGCAUCUGCCUGAGGGCGCUGGUGAGGCUGCCGGUGGUCAUCCCCAUCUGGUUCCUCGCCAUCAUCUUCCCAUUCUUCGGCCCCAUUAACUCCGCCGUCGGUGCCCUUCUGGUCAGCUUCACCGUCUACAUCAUCCCGGCCGCCGCCCACAUUUUGACCUUCAGGAAGGCUUCUGCCAGACAGAAUGCUGCAGAGAAGCCACCUUUCUUCCUCCCCAGCUGGUCGGCGAUGUACGUGCUGAACAUGUUCGUGGUGGUCUGGGUCCUGAUCGUUGGCUUCGGCUUCGGCGGGUGGGCUAGUGUGACCAACUUCGUAAGGCAGAUCGACACCUUCGGCCUCUUCGCCAAGUGCUACCAGUGCCCUGAAAGGGGCGCUCCCCACCCUGCAGCGGCUCCCCACCCGGCUCACUAAGCCUGCUAAAGGAGCCAAGUCCUCCUCUCCCGACCAAGUCCUCCUCUCAUCCCUCCUACAUCUGAUCUCUCCUUCUUCUUCUUCUUCACUUGGGGAGUUCCCCUUUCAGACGAUCUAUGUAAAAAAAGAUUACCAAGAUCCUCAUAGGGCAGGAAAGGCUAGCUAUAUAGUUGUCUCCUACAGAUCGUAAUCGUUUCUUGGUUGUGCUCCUCUCGUCUGUGUUGGCGAAGGCGAUGCAGUUCAGUGGGUGAUGGAGGAUACUUGGCAGUGGCAGUGGCGGCGGUCAUGGCUGCCUUUUGAAAUAGUUGCCAAAGCCGAAUCGAAAGUAUUUGUGGAUGCUGCUUUACUUUUUGAUCUUUCUUGUUCGUUGGCACUAGCAGGCAGGAAAUUUGUCAACACACGGGAAGGAUCUAUCUGUUGUGGGAAGAUGGGGUUGUGACAUGCUUCCCUUUUUCUCUUUUUCAAUGUUCAGUAACUUCAUUUUUAAGAGUGAUUGUUAUCAUAAUAUGAAGUUGAGUUUCUCCUUUUU